GUGUACACAGCAGGGGACGGCACGAAGUCCCUGCGAGUCACUGCCCUGCGGUCCCUGAUUUGGCCAGGUGCAAUUACCGUGGUCAAAGGAUCCAAGUAUGCGAACCUCUAUGUCGGCUCGGCGAUGAAAUGCGGCACCAUGGUUGGACCCGACAAGGAAACAGGGCUUCCCCUUCGUGGCACGAACCCAUUGAUGCCACUGGCGCCCGACGACAUCAUGGAUGAGCCUACCGACUUCGAAGAGCACGAUGAGCCCAACCCCAUCCAGGACGAGGCCGAGAGUGACAAGGGCGAGGUGGAUGAGGAAGAGGCCGAGUGA